ACUUUUUUAAGUUUGCAAGACUCUACUACAUUGUAUAUAAGGAGGUGAUCCCGACCUGUCCCAAGACUUGUCUUAGUUGUCUCCUGUACAUCCCUCUCGUUGAAUUGAAUUGAAUUGUAUUGCUGUCUAAUUGUUGACUUAUAACUCAAAGCUAGCUCACUCGCUUUCACUCAAUCGUUUACAGUACCAAGUCAUUCAUACAUUCAAAAUGAAGGCUGCUUUCUUCCUCGCUGCUGCUGGCCUCGUUGCCGCUCAGGACCUCAGUGGUCAACCCGAGUGUGCUCUCAAAUGUCUUCAGGAGAACAUCCCCAAGGCCGGCUGCAAGCUCGAGGACACCGCCUGCCAAUGCGACUCCAAGUUCCAGGAGAAGCUCCUCCCCAUCAUCACCCCUUGCUUGACCAAGGCCUGCGAGGCCCAAGACCUCCUCAAGGCUCAGUCCGCUGCUGCUGAGGCUUGCAAGGAGUUCGCCAAGACCGCCGGCGAGAGCAAGCCUACCGCCACCUCUGCUGCUGCCACCACCGGCGCCGUCACCGUCAGCAUCGACACCUCCGUCACCGGCUCCGCCAGCGUCCCCGCCAUCUUCUCCAGCAUCCCCGAGGAGUCUCCCAUUGUCCCCGUCACUCCCCACCCCGGCAACGCAACCACUACCAAGACUCACGGAGCUUCUACCCCCACUGGAACUUCUGGCUCUGGCUCUGGCUCUGGUUCUGGCAGCGAGAGUGGCAGCGCCAGCAGCGUUCCUACUGGUAACGCUGCUGCUGUUGCUGGCCCUGCUUUCGGUCUCCUCGCUGCUCUCGGUGCCGCCCUUGCUCUGUAAGAGCUCUGAUAUCUGUUUGCGUAUAAAUUCAUCUUCACCACGGAGCAUUCUUGGGACGCAGUCAAUUGACGUUUACGAUACAAGGAAAUUAAUAAUGCGUUGUUCAAAGAUCCAUGGAUUGUGUGUCACUUAUUCUUUUUCGGGGUACCUACAAUUAGCUCACCAUUGAGAGUGAUGGGAAAAGUAGUAAUAGACAUGUACCAGCUUAGCUAGUAAUAAACAAGCAUUGAAACUUUCG